AAUGUCCAGGUCAAUCUACUUCAGGAAAAGUGGAAAAUCACCUAGAUGGUCAAAGAAGAAAAAAGCUACAUCAGAUAUUCUUUGGGCAAGGAAACCUGACGAUCUGCCAGAUGCAAGACUAAAAAAAAUGUCAUUUAAUUUAUUUGCCGCAUGUACUGGACCGGCAAAUGGUUUGUGUGAUGUCAAUGAACACCUUCCUUCAGCUCUAAUAACAGAUAUAAAUUGGAAUUCGAAAAAUCGAAAAGCCUAUGGAGUUUCAGAAUCCUUGUAUGAAAAACAUCCAAUUUCUGGAAAGAUCACUGGGGAACCUGUUGCUGACUCCUAUGCAAUCGUAGCUAGGAAAGAUAAUGCAUUAUUAGUAGUUGCUGAUGGAGUAAACUGGGGAGAAAAAUCAAUGAAAGCUGCUAGGAGUGCAAUAUAUGGUGUCGUUAGGUAUGUUUGUCAGAACUUAUUCACUGAAAGCCAAGUCUUCAAAACUAAAGAGCUGUUCAAAGUUUUACGUUCAUCAGUUGAUGCUGCUCACCAAGUUAUUUUAGAAACACAGGGUGGCUUAACAACCCUAUGUGUAGCUUUUGUCGCCCCCUUAUCAAACUCAAAGCAAUUCGCAAUUUGUAUUGUAAAUGUUGGCGACUCUUUAGGCUAUGUUUUUUCUCGACAUCAUGGUAUUCGGGAAAUAACUACUGCUAGUCAUGACAUCACUGUGGAAAGAAAUAUACGAGAUGCUCGCGGGGCCAUAGGACCUGUUAGAGGAAAUGAUCCUGAUUUAGCAAAUUUAACUUGUUCGAUGACUUUCUGCGAUGCUGGUGAUAUUGUUUUUCUUACAACCGAUGGUGUAUCUGACAACUUUGAUCCUGUUGUGACAAAAGUAGCAGUCGCACCGAAGCAAACUCGAUCGAAAAGUGACAGUGAUGCUCCUAUCGAAAACGGAGAGGAAUUUACUUCAGUAGCAUAUGAGUGCGGUAUUGCUCAAGACGGACGACCAGAAAUGACCCCUUCAGAACGGCAUCAAUAUGCUGUGAAAGAAAUGGAAAGAAUAAUACACGAGCAAGAACUUGAAACGGAGCAGAGUAUUUCCGCACAAGAAUUAUGCGCAUCAAUAAUACUGCACGUGGUGAAAUUAACAGAGAAAAGAAGAAGAAUUUUAGAAAAUCCACAAGUUUGGAAAAAGUUAAAGAGUGAAGAAGCUAAAAAAAAGAGAGAUGACGCCGUAAGGGAAAAACUUAGAGCUGAGCCUGGUAAACUAGAUCACGCAACAAUUGUUGCUUAUGAAAUUGGAGUAUUUCAAGGAAAUGAAAAUGAGAAUUAUGAGGAGGAGAGUGAUCAUGAGCUAGUCUUAUGUUCUAGUCCUGGUUAUGGAGAUUAUACGGCUCCAAUUGCACAGUUCGAUUCAUUCGAGUCAGAAAGCGAACAAGAGACGACAACAACCCUAAAAGAUGACGAAAGUGACUCGAUAUCACAGAAGUUUGAAGAAUUUGUUGUUUAG